AUGAAUAUCAAUCAAGAGGUUAUUGUUGGUGUUGGUGUUGUUGACUUUCAUCAUACUAGAGGUCCUGAAGUUGAAUAUUGGCAUGGGUUACCUGAAGGUACAGAUGAAUCAACUUUAUGGCCAAAUUUACCAUUUCAAGCGUUGCCAGAUGGAUCACAUUCAUUUAAGGAGACAUUUACAUAUUUUACGUUAUUGUUUAAUCCAAAGACUAAAACUUGUCCUCAAGGUGGGGCUACUGGGUUAACUGAAGAGGAACGUAAAGAAUGUACUACUUUAUUUGCAGUAUCCUGUUCUCAACAGAUUAGCAGUGAAGAAUUAUUACAUAAGGAUAAAGAAGUAACCCGUUCUACUGUUCAAAAAGCUAUAGUAGUGGUUUCUUAUCAACCUAUAUUUGGUCAAAUAAGAGAUAAGUUGAGUAUAGUGACUAAUGUUUUCUUUUCACAGAAGAACUUCACGGAUAGAAGCAUUAUUGUUUCCCUUUAUGAUAAUUUACAAUCAUUAUUUAAGCCAAUGACUUCGACAAGUUUAUCAGAUAGUAACAUGUACGUUGGUUUAUGCUUACGUAAGAUAAUAUUAGAUUUCAAAAAAGAAACUUUGGUAUUAUUCAAGGCAUUAUUUUUGGAAAAGAAAAUAAUAUUUUAUGGUAAUAAUGUGGAAUCUUUAUGUAAUUUACAAUUUGGUUUGAUAAGUUUGAUUCCUAAUUUGAUCUCAAAUCUCCAGAACUCUGGUAGUCCGAUGUUGCAUAAAGAUGUGUCAGAUAUAAAGGUUGUUACUUCAUUUAAGUCAAGUGACAGGGCUUCUGUUCUUACCUUUAUGGGGUUCCCUCUCCACAUUUUUGAAACUGGUGGAUUUUUCUCACCAUAUACUCCUUUGCAACAAAUCAAUGAUAUAAAUGAUGAAAAAUCAAAGUUUUUUGUCAUAGGCACUUCGAAUUCUUUACUAUCUGAAAGAAAAGAUGAGUUAUGUCAGAUAUAUGUAGAUACAGAUAAUUUCACUAUAGAAAUUAUAGAUAAGUCAUUACAACCUCUAUUGCAAUUAACUGCAAAUGAUAAAAAAUGGAUAGAAUCUAUGUCGAAUGUAGUCAGCGAAAGUUGGAAUGAAAAUGAUAGAGAAACUCCAAAAAAUUCACAAUUUGAAGGUAGCGAAGAUUUUAUAAGGUGGCAAUUUGAAGAUUAUUUAAUUGGACUGUUAUCGAGUGUAAAAUUGCAUGAUUAUUUAGAAAAUCAUAAAAACAAUGAAAAGGCUUUGAUGACUGUACAAGAUGAUAUGAUUCACGCAAACCCGAUUAACUUGUUUAAUAUAAGUUGGGUAAAUGAAUGGAAAAAAACUCAAAGUUUUUCUAUUUUUAACAAAGUCACAGAUGAUCGUAUUUUUGAUUUAUUCCCACCAAAGCAUGUAUUUAAUGGGCCUGAUCCAUUCAAAGCGUUCCAACAAAAGUUUAUAGCAACAUUUCAGAAUUUAAAAAAAAAUAACAGUAGUAAUAGUAGUUUAUCUGACGAAAAAAAACAAAAAAAUGAAAAGAAAGAUUCUGAAUCCCUUUCAAGGACUUCCACUACCUCAAGUUCACAUACUAAUCAUACCAAGGAUUUCAGUAACCGCUGGAUGGCAUUCAAGGAAUUAUUCAAUAAAAAGAAAAAUAGUAGUCAAGAGAAUGAUAUACAUGAUUUGAAAAGUAAGGCUGAUCAACAUCUACUAGAUGAAGAAAGUGAUGAAGACAAUACUACUGGAAAAAGUAGCAACGGAAGUGACGAAGAGAGUAGUGAUGAUAGCAGCGGUGACGAAAGUAGUGAAGAAACUUCUAGUGAUGACAGCAGUGAUGAUAAUGAUAAGGGUUCAGCAGUAGAAAAUCAAGGUCCAUCUAUUGGUUUAGGAUUACAUUAUAUAACAUCUGAAAGUGAUAAUUCCAAAUCUGAGGAACCAAAAGUGUCCGAAGAAAUAGCAACAUUGAAAUUAACAACCUCUGAUGAUUUUAAAUCUAUGGAAGAUGAGGAACUGGUGGAAGUUACUUCUGUGCCCAAUGAUAUUGAAUCUGUGGACUCUAGUGUCACCAAGAAAGAACUAAUUGAAAGCAGUAAAAAAUAG